AUGGCUCUACCUCAGGACCCAAAUGUCAUAGCGCCGGACGGCGACGUGACGCUGACAUGUGGUGGACAACUUGUAGACGGCAUUCCACUGCUCCUGCGGGAAGCAGCCAUCCUGCUGCGACACGACCGUACGGUCAAAUCGCUCAGCUGCAAGCUCGUCUUCAGGUCUACUGCAACCAGUCCUCUCUCACCCGAUUUGGCCGACUUCGCCGCAGAGAUCAGGCAGCGGAUCGUGGUAUACAUUGAAAGCCAGAUCGAUCACCAACUCGCUCAUCCCGAAUGCACGGCACUGCCGCGCUGCAUCUCAUUAAUGCUGUCACGCAUGAAGCACGUCGACUUGUUCCCCAUGACCAAGAACGCCAAACCCAUUUCGCAGCUCUGCACGAUCAUGACCAACACCAGCUACACUGAUCCCACAGAAACCGCCUUCAACCAGGAGCCAGGCUGCAGGAAGCAUAACCUGCACUCCCUUCGACAUCUCCAGGGUCAGUUUGCCAAGGAGGCAAAUGCCAUUCGUGCGUCGAUACUGAAUAUGAAUGCAACAACUUGA